AUGAGAAUACCUGCAACUCAAAUAUAUGCUUGGACAGAUUCGUCCAUUGUCCUGUCAUGGUUGUUUGGAGAUCCAAACAACUGGAAGGUAUUUGUGGCAAACAGAGUUGUUGAAAUUACAACUAAUGUAUCCUGCAGUCAGUGGCAUCACGUCCAAACUCAAGAUAAUCCAGCUGAUGUUGGUUCUAAGGGGAUGUUAGUAGAAAAUCUGAAAAGGUGUGAAUUAUGGUGGCAUGGGCCAGACUGGUUACAACAAUCAAAGAUACAGUUCACUAAACCAAACAUUAUGCAAACAGAGAUUGAAAGGAAAAAUAAUAAAAUACAAAACUUAAAAAUAACUUACAACAAAAAUGAACAAGAGAAGAGUCUACUUAAACAAUUUGAAGAAUUUGAUACACUAUUAGAACUACUGAGAACAAUCACAUACUGCCGAAGAUUCCUGAGACAAAAAACAUUAAAGGACCGAAUAGAUAGCAAAAUCACAACUGAAGAACUACACGUAUCGAUGCAAAUCUGUAUAAAAAGAACACAAGAAGAAUUUACAGAAGAUAUAGAAUCGUUAAAAACAAAAAAGAGAGUUAAGAAAACAAGCAUAAUAAAAGCACUAGAUCCUUACCUUGACGAAGAUGGAAUCCUGAAGGUGGGCGGUCGGCUCAGGAACUCUGAACUGGCUAAUGAAGUGAAGCACCCAAUCAUUUUGGAUCAUGCAAGCAGACUUACCUAUUUAGUGGUCGCAAAAGCACAUUUGGAGACGCUGCAUGGAGGAGUGCAAUUGAUGCUCACUUACCUGCGAUCGAAAUACUGGAUACUCCGCGCGAAGUCCCUAGUAAAGCAAUGUGCCCAUCGAACUAGAUUAGUGCUAUAG